AUGCAAAACCACACAAGGAUAACAUUAUUCAUCCUAAGGGGAAUGACAGAUGACCCACAGCUGCAGAUCCUGAUUUUUAUUUUCAUGUUUCUGUCCUACAUGCUGAGUGUAAUUGGCAAUCUCACCAUCAUUACCCUCACCUUGUUGGAUCCCCACCUUAAGACCCCCAUGUACUUUUUCCUUCGAAAUCUUUCCUUUUUGGAAUUCUCAAUCACAAAUACUUACAUUCCUAAAUAUCUCUACAGCAUGUCAACUGGGGACAAUACCAUUUCCCGUAAUGCUUGCUUCACCCAAAUAUUUUUUAUCACCCUUUUUGGGGCAACAGACUUUUUCCUUUUGGCCAUUAUGUCCUAUGACCGCUAUGUGGCCAUCUGCAAACCUUUGCAUUACACAAGCAUCAUGAACAACGGAGUCUGUAACCAGCUCCUCUUGGGUUGUUGUCUGACUGGGCUGAUGAUCAUUUCCCUACCACUCAGCCUGGCUGUCCAGUUGGAAUUCUGUGACUACAAUGUCAUUGACCAUUUUGGCUGUGAUGCAUUUCCCGUGCUGGAGAUCGUGUGCUCAGACACAACACUCAUAGAAAAGAUGAUUCUCUUCGUUGCUGUGUUUACACUCAUUAUCACCUUACUCUUAGUGUUUCUGUCCUAUGGAUACAUCAUCAGGACCGUUCUGAGAUUCCCAUCAGUGCAGCAAAGGAAAAAGGCCUUUUCCACCUGUUCCUCCCACAUCAUUGUUGUCUCUAUGUCUUAUGGCAGCUGCAUCUUCCAAUACAUCAAACUGUCCACUACUGAUGGAGUGCCUUUGAAUAAGGUGGUAGCCAUGUUCACAGUUUCUGUCAUCCCCAGUGUCAACCCUUUUAUAUAUACUUUGAGGAACCAGCAAGUGAUACAAGCUCUUAAGGACUCAGUGAAAAGGAUUACAUUCUUCUUUAAGCAAUAA